AUGGAUCCGCUCUACAAGCAGGAAUACUUGACGCCUGUUAACCACUCAUCUCCUGAAUAUGAUUAUGGCCCCAAUCCAAUGGACAUUGAUCCCCCUAGCGACUACUCGGACAACAAUGGUCCCGACAAGGACCCCGACGAUGGUCCAAGCACUCCUCUACCGCCACUAGGCCUGGUUAACGGUGAAUAUCAAAUAUGGUCAUCGGACUUGAACGAAUGGUCCGAGUACCCCGAAGACGAAUUCAAUCUCAUCCUGGGACUAGCAGGCAAUACCAUGUGGGGAUCAUAUGACUUCGGAAUGUUCCACGGUAUCAUGCAUCUCGAAGAACGGCCCUGGUCAUCCUCAUUCAAGAAGAUCUGGUUCAAGUGGCGCGGGCGUGAAAGUAGCGAGGGAGAAAUGUCCUUUGGACCAAACUGCACCGGCUGGAUUCAGUUUUACGGCGAGGGCAGAAUCUGCGGCCAACUGAACUGA